AGCCACUGCCUGGAUCUUAGUGGUGAGGCGGAGGACUGUCCGGCCUUGCGCUGUCAUGGCGGCGGCGGUGGUGAGGUUCGCUGCGCUUCUGCUGCUGUCUGUGUCCCUCAGCGCCGCCGUGUACGAAGACCAAGUGGGGAAGUUUGACUGGAGGCAGCAGUAUGUGGGACGGCUGAAGUUUGCUGCUCUGGAGUCUGGACACGGAGCGAAGAAACUGAUCGCUGCCACAGAGAAGAAUGUAGUCUUAGCCUUGAACUCGCGCACGGGCGACAUCUUGUGGCGUCACAUCGAUAAGGACACCACAGAGGGCUCCAUAGAUGCUCUGCUUAUUUAUGGGCAAGAUGCGAUCACUAUUUCUGGUGGUCGCGUGUUACGUUCCUGGGAGGUUAAUAUUGGGGGACUGAAUUGGGAAGCCCUUUUAGAGCCCGGCAGCUUUCAGGCAGCCGGUUUUGCUGGAAACCAGGACACAGCAAGGUACAUUGCGGUACUGAAGAGCUCGGCGCUGUCGCUUCACUAUCUGUCCAAUGGGCACCAGAAGUGGUCCGAACCUCUGCCAGACAGUGGCACCGUACAGUACCAGCUGCUGCAUUCCUCCUACAAGGGGGUGGUACAUGUGGUUGGAAUUGUCCCUGACGAUCACAUCCGGGUCCUGACGUUUAGCGUUGAAGAUGGAUCCAUCAGGCAGCAGGUUCAGGUGCCCACUCGCUGGCUUCACACGCUGCAUGGGAGUUGCGGGAUAGUGACUGAGAGUGUCCUGGUGUGUGCAGACACGGUCACCGCCUCCAUCCAUACCUUGUCUCUGCUGUCCGGAGAGGAGAUGACCCAGCAUCACCUGCAGUCUCUUGGCGUGGAAGCGAUUGAUGAUAUCACGGAGCUCGGCGUUGUGACAGCCCCACGUACCACAACAGGACCAACCCUGCCACAGUUCUUCCUCCAGAUCUCUCCACGACGCUUCUUAUUAAUGCAGCUUCGAGAUGGCAUCCUAACCCCGCUGCGAGACUUCUCUCAGGCAUAUCUGGUUACUUUUGCUUCUACGGGUGACAAGUCCGUGGCUGCAGUUCUGCAGUGCAAGACCGACGCGCAGAAAACCCCAGAAGUGGAGAUUCCGGCCGGGCUGAGCUGCUCUCAGGAUGCCUGGUCAUGUCCCGGACAGACCUUCACCCUCAGCCUGUACAUGGCGGACAGUGGUCGGAGGCUCCUGGACACCACCAUGACCUUCACCCUGGAGCAGAGCUGUGUGACACCUGAUGCUUUGUACCUGCAGCUGUUCUUGAAGAAGGACGACUCGGUGGGUUAUCGAACUCUGGUACAGACUGAGGACAACCAGCUCUUGUUCCUGCACCAACCAGGGAAGACCUUAUGGCUACGAGAGGAGUCUCUUGCUGACGUUGUCACCAUGGAAAUGGUUGAUUUGCCACUCACAGGGGCCCAGGCUGAGCUAGAAGGAGAAUUUGGGAAAAAAGCAGAUGGUCUCCUGGGAAUGGUGUUUAAACGCUUGUCCUCCCAGCUGAUUUUGCUGCAGUCCUGGAGCGCUCACUUAUGGAAGAUGUUCUGUGACGCUCGGAAGCCACGCAGCCAGAUCCGCAACGAGAUCAAUAUCGACACGCUGGCACGAGAUGAGUUCAACCUGCAGAAGAUGAUGGUCAUGGUGACCUCUUCUGGAAAGCUCUUUGGGAUUGAGAGCAGCUCUGGGAGUAUCCUGUGGAAGUUUUACCUACCAGGAGUGAAGCCUGGAGCGUCCUUCAAGCUUGUUGUACAACGAACAACGGCCCACUUCCCUCAUCCUCCUCAGUGUACCCUGCUGGUGAAGAACAAGGAGACGGCCAUAACCUCCAUUUAUGUCUUUAACCCUAUCUUCGGAAAGCUGAGUCAGAUGACUCCUCCUCCUCUGCAGCGACCCAUCCUUCAAUCCCUAUUGCUCCCUAUAAUGGAUCAUGACUAUGCCAAAGUACUGCUCCUGCUGGACGAUCAGCAUAAGGUCAUCCCCUUCCCAUCCACAAAAUAUGUCCUGCAGCAACUACAGGAAUUUUGUUCCACCGUCUUCUUCUAUCUGGUGGACUCGGAGAGGGGGAAACUCACUGGACUUCGCCUGCAUAAGGAUCUUUCAACGGAGGAGAUCUGGGAAAUCCUGCUCCCACCAGAGCUCCAGAGGAUUACACUGGUGAAGGGAAAGCGUUCCAAUGAGCAUGUUCACUCCCAGGGGCGAGUUAUGGGUGACCGCAGUGUCCUCUACAAGUACUUGAAUCCCAACUUGUUGGCGUUGAUUACGGAGAGCACAGACACCCAUCCGGACCGCUGCUUCAUAGGAAUCUACCUCAUUGAUGGUGUGACUGGACGCAUUAUACACUCAUCCGUGCAAAGGAAAGCUAAAGGUCCUGUCCACCUCGUUCACUCUGAAAACUGGGUGUUGUACCAGUAUUGGAACAGCAAGGCUCGACGCAAUGAGCUCUCCAUCCUGGAGCUGUAUGAGGGGACAGAGCAGUAUAACAGCACCAGCUUCAGCUCUCUGGACAGACCUCACCUCCCACAUGUCCUUCAACAAUCCUACAUCUUCCCCUCGUCCAUCCGCGCCAUGCAGGCCACAAUCACUGAACGUGGCAUCACCAGCCGACACGUCCUCAUUGGACUUCCGUCAGGCGCAAUUCUAUCCCUUCCUAAGGCUUUACUGGACCCUCGCCGGCCUGAGGUGCCAACAGAGUAUACCAGGGAAGAGAACCUGAUUCCCUACACGCCUGACAUUCAGAUUCACGCUGAACGCUUUAUAAACUACAACCAGUCCAUAUCCAGAAUGAGGGGGAUUUACACGGCCCCGUCCGGCCUGGAGUCCACCUGUCUUGUUGUAGCCUAUGGUCUGGACAUCUACCAGACUCGCGUCUACCCCUCCAAGCAGUUUGACGUGUUGAAGGAUGACUAUGAUUACAUCCUGAUCAGCAGCGUGCUCAUCGGCCUGGUCUUCGCCACAAUGAUCACCAAGAGACUGGCACAAGUUAAGCUCCUGAAUCGGGCGUGGCGCUAAGCCAGGAGAACAAAGGAGCCUUCAGACACCAGAGACUUAAAGACUCUCUCUCCAUCUCUGAUGGCUGAAGAGAGGAGGCUGUCCAUGGGCUCUGGGUGCAUGGAAACGACUGCUGUAACUUGAAUCUGUGACGCGCCAGCCUGCCAUCACGUCACUGCCACCCCACUGCUGGUGGACAGGCCUGCACUGGAGUAAAUAGGGAGGAAAUCUCUGCUGGUUGAAUGGAUGAGUGAAAGUAAUUUUUCUCAGAUUUCUGGUUUUAUGUGCAAUCGUUACAUGAUGAAAAGUUCUGUGACUUUAUAAUAUAUUUUGUGUUGCAAUUUCUCACUGUUUUCUGGAUCGCUGCUUGCUGUCAGUGAAUGGGGACACUCAUUGUUUAUAUCAAGAGGAUAGAAAUCCGACAGAUCUAAUACUUGUCACAGCUGAGGGCUUCUUACAUUUGUAUCUAAUCUGGACAAUACUCUCUAAGGGGAAUUUCUUAGGCUAGUCCCCGGCAGACAGGUCUGGCAGGAGGAGAACAACGCUGGCCUGGCCCUGUCAAUCAAGAGUAGAAGGCGGGCGGGCGAGGUGGGCGAACUGAGACUCUAGUAACAGGUGCAACGCCCUACCCCGCACCCCCCGGACUUGUGUUUUAAGUUCUGCGUCCAAAGUUCGGGUUAUCGAAGAAUCCCGUUAUGGAUUCCGCUACCACGGACCAUAACUGAAUUUGGAAUCCAUAACUGGAUUCUUCGAUAACCCGAACUUUAGACGCAGAACUUUAAAACACAAGUUCGCUCAACACUAGACAGAAACCCUUUAAUACAUUCCGCCCUCUGACCUAAGCGGAGCUCCAGACUGAUACAUUGUACCAAACUAUCAGAAUUGGAUGCAAUUGUAGAAGACGAAAAAACAUUUAUGUGAGGACGGGUUAUUUUUAGCCUCUGAAGGUAAACGGGAAUGUUUCGAUUCACUGACGGGUACCAGAGUUCUUGAAAAUGAUGAAGAAUUGAUCCAGAAAGUAUAUUAGAAAAUAACAGAAAUUAUACAAUAAAAAAAAAAAAAUUGUUUAAAUGGUACAUGACUUGUUUGCAGGGCCCCUACAACCCCUUGUUCUACUGCUGGGACCCCCUACCCCUCAUGGCAGAGGAAAGAGUAUUGCAUGGGGCCAUAGCUUAGAAUGCUACCCAUAAGGCAUUUGAAAAGGAAACCUCUUUGAUUAACCGCUAUAUGGUCUCAUGCACACGACCAUGUGUAUUUUGCAAAACGUGGAUCCGCAAAAUACGGAUGGCGUCCGUGUUACUUUCAUGUUGCAUCCGUCUUUUACAGACGCAUUGACUUUAGUGGUUCUGUGGUCUGCAUUUUGUGGCCAAGUAUAGGACGUGUUCUAUCUUUUUGCGAAACAGACAUACGGAUGCGGAAAGCACAUCUGUCUGCUUUCCGCAUGUCCCAUUCUUGGCUGCAAAAUGCAGACCGUGGACCCAAGUCAAUGAGUUUGAAAUGGACGCAACACGGCAGUCAUUCUUAUUUUGCGGAUUCUCGUUUGGGAAAUCCAAAAUAUGAUCGCGUACAUGAAGCCUUUAAAAGGGGUUUUUCGAGACUUUUUUUAUACGGAUGAUCUAUCCUCUGGAUAGGUCAUCACUAUCUGAUCGGUGGGGUCUGACACGAGGACUCCUGCAGAUCAGCUGUUUCAGAAGGCAGCGAUGCUCAUAGUAGCGCCUAGACCUUGUGAUGUCACAUUCAUUAGUCAUAUGAUCUAGGCGCAGCUCAGUCCCAUUGAAGUGAAUGGGGCUGAGCUGCGAUACCAAGCAUGGCCGCUAUACAAUGUACGGCGCUGUGCUUGGUGAGCAGAGAGAAGAAUGCGUCGCUACUGCGUGUGCCAGUGCCUUCUCCAACAUCUGAUCGGCGGGGGUUCUGGGUGUCAGACCCCGAGCAUCAGUUAAAAAACCUCUUGGAAAAACAUUUUAAUAUGGUCUCUUAAUAUAUUCAUGGCCAGUCAGUUUGAAGAGUUGCCAGAUGGUUACGUAAGACUCCAUAUUGAUAAUUUAAUUGAAUACCCCAAGCCUUCCGUCCCUGGCCCAUCCGGAAAUAAAUGGAAGAUCUGCAUCGCUACCAUAGAAGAAUAUGGAGGAGGACGAUGACCAUUCUGGACCACUGGAUGCUGAAUAAAAGAUAUAAUCUGUAUGCUUGUCAUAUACAUCUUAUAUAUUGCCCUAAACAAGUUAUGUCCCUUUUUUCGUCUGUUUGCAUGGGAGGUGCAUAUGUGGUAUUAGAAAAUCUGAGAUUAUGGAGGUCCUUAAUUUAUAUAAUUAUUGUUUUAUUUCACCCCAGGACUUGAUGAUUUAUCUGUAGGAACGUUUUAAGCAAAAUUUCCAAUGUUCAGUGGAUAUAUUCUAUUCACAAAUAAAACCUGA